AUGGAUUUACAGACAAGGGAAAAACUUAAAUAAUCAAGCAAAUCGACAGGUCUUAUAGAUGCAGAGAUAAAUUCAACUUUGAAAUAUUUAGGUUAGUAUCAGAUCUUGAUCUAGAUAAUGAAUUGGAUUAACUGGAUCAAGAAAUUAAAGGAUACACGGCUAAUUAGAAUUGCAAUCUGUUAGCAAAGGAAAUUUAGAAAAGGAGAAACUUAUAUAAUGAAUUAGCUUAAAAACGAUAAGAUAUAAAAAAACGAAUUGAAUUAAAUCACAUGGCCCAUUUAUAGCAAUAUUGUAAUUUAAGAAAAGAAAAAUAAUUACGAAAACUUUGGGUAAAUAGAUGCUCUUAAGAUGCAUGGAGAAAUAACUGAAAGAUAGGAUGAAUAUUUAUCAAAAAUUAAUGAUAAAGUCCUUAAUAUCAAAUAUUCAUCAUAAAAUUUAAGUAAGUAAAUAAAGGAAUAAAAUGGAAUGAUAGAUUAAUUACACGAAGAAACUGAUUCUGCUAAUUAAGCAAUGAAUAGAUUGAAAAAUAAAAUGAAUUAUUUUUUAGAUAAUUCCAGUUCAUGGAAACUAUUAAUAAUAUUAUUUUUUGAAAUAUUCGUGUUUAUUUUUGUAGUAGUUAUCUGA